UCUGUGGGUUUCUAUUCAUACCUGACGGUAAUGAUUUUGGCCAUUGACAAGAUGGCAUCAUAGGAAGCGUUGACGGAACGCGAGAGGAAGAUUUUCCGACGAGGGUCAGCUCUGAUGGGAAGGUGCAUGGGAGGAGCCUUGUUCACACGCCGCAGAUGGUUCCGCCAGGUGGAUGAUCCCGCCUGUGGGGAGAUCAGAAAAGGAACCGGGGAAUAAGGAUGAGUGGAUGGUGAUGCUGUCAGCGGUGGUGUCACUGGUGGUGUCACUGGUGUUGUCACUGGUGUUGUCCGUGGCAUCGGCUCAGAACUUCAUGUCGGGCGGUGGCGGGGAGAUCUUCUCAGCCACCAGCAAGCUCGAGGAUUUGUUGAGCCUCGAGGGGGAGGUGGUGAGGAUGGUGGACAGGUACCUGCAGGCCACGCUCUCCAAGGUGGAGCUCAUGACCAGAUACGUGCAGGACUUUCAACGCCUCAGGAGGAUAGAGGAGGUGGAAGGAAGGCAGAGGCCGGUGCGGAGUGGAGCGGUGGACCAUCCUGUGGACGCCUACCUGCUGGUGAAGCGCCUGACGGUGGAGUGGGCGAGUCUGGAGGACGCGAUCACGGCCCAUGCAAAUUACACUCAAGAGUUGGUCCACCGCGUCGUGGCGUUUCGGGAGCGGACGUCCUUCCCUGUGAUGGAGGACCUGCACGGGGCCGCGGUCGCCCUGGUCAGGUUGCAGGACACCUACCGCCUUAACAUGACCUCGCUCUCCUCGGGCACCCUCGCGCCCGUGACCUCCGUUACUGCUCUGCAUCGUGGGGAGCUCCAGAGUUCGAAGCCCUUAAAUGCCCGCGACUGCCUGUUCCUGGGCAAGCACGCCUUCAACAAGGGUUACUACGACAAGGCCAUCGAGUGGUUCGAGGCAGCCCUGGAGAGGUCCGGCAGCGAGGAGGUUCUGACGGCGCCCAAGGAUGAGAUCGAGCCGUUCCUGGAGGCGGCCAUUAAGGUGCACGACGACGUCCUGGAGAAGCGAGGACCGCGGGGCACAGACUGGCAGACGAAGACCCUCCCCGUCGACAAGACCCUCGCCAGUAAACCCAAGUACCUCGACGCAACCCCCGUGUUCGUCCCCAAGUUGUAUCAACAGCAGAGCGACGAGGAGGAGGAGGAACACUACAACAGGCUGUGUCGCGGAGAGAGACUGAGGACCCCCGAGAUGGAGUCGAGGCUGAGCUGCCGCCACGUGACCGCCGGCACCGCCUACCUGACGCUGAUGCCCCUGCGCCUGGAGGAGGUGUCGCUCGACCCUUACAUCGUCGUGUUCCGCGACUUCCUGACCGAGGCCCAGACCGAAGCCAUCAAGAGUAUUGCCAAGCCGAGGUUGACAGCAUCCAGACACAGAGGCCCUGGGGGUAACUUUAUAAGCAGUAUGGUGCGGACUUCAAGCACAGCUUGGCUGCGAGAGAGCGCGGACGAUCGCAAGAAACUCCUGCUGAACACGACGAAGAAGAUCGAGUUCGCGACGGGUCUUCACGCCCUCGAGUCUUCGGCAGGAGAGGAUUACCAGGUCGCGAACUACGGUAUCGGAGGCCUAUACGUGACUCACACAGACUACCUCAUGAUCAACCCCGACCCCCGUGCAUACAGCCCCUGGGAACACUUCAUGGGGGACCGCUACGCAACUUUCAUGGUCUACCUAUCUGACGUGGAGGCGGGCGGCGCAACGGUGUUCCCCCGGGCGGGCGUGACCAUCUGGCCGAAGCGAGGGUCGGCGGCCUUCUGGUGGAACCUUUAUCGCUCGGGCGCCGGGGACGAGAACACGCGGCACGGAGCCUGUCCCGUUCUGCAUGGGUCCAAGUGGAUCAGCAACAAGUGGAUCCAUUACAAUGACCAGUUCAAGCAGUAUAAGUGUGGCGUCAACACGUGGGACAAGCAGACGGUACCUUGAUGGAACAACAGCAGCAUGAAACCACGAGCAUCACUCGUUUGGCAAACGACAAACAAGUGACACGGAACAAAAGGAUGUGAAAAACAAGGAACAAAAAAAUAUAAAGAGUAUAUAAAAAAAAAUCGGGAUGGGAGAGGAAAUAUUGAUGUAAAUAAUAGUUUGAUAUGUUUAUGUGCUUUUAUAAUUGUUUACCAGCGGUUUGGGAGGAUCGCUGUGCUUCAGGGCGAAUGGUGUAGCUCACAAUUGUGUAAGUCUUGUUUUUUUUCUUAUUUCUGAUGUUUGUCGUCAGAAUUUAUUUCUUUAUAUAAGUAAAGAGGAGUAUAUGAGGGGAAAACCAUGGCAAUAGAUCGUGUCGAAGAUUACUCAUGUUUGAUAGUAGCAUGAGUAAGUACACAAGGGUCAAACAGAUUUCCUUUGAUAAUGCUUGCAUUUCUAGUAUCUAGAAGUGUUUAGACUGAGCACAUGCGCACA